AUUUAAUUCAUUGGCGAUGUAUAGCUGUAACAACACUGAGGGCUUCAUAAGGGAAAAUUUCAGUGAAGCCCAUCAUCCAUUCCUCAGGAAGGAAGCUCGGCAUCGAGAACACACAGAAUCUUGAGAGGAAACUAUGGACAAAGUUGAGGCAGCAAAAGCCGCUGCCAGCCGUGAAGCCCAGAAGGCACGAGAUGAGAAGAAGAGAGUGGAGGAGGAGAAACUAGAGUGUACUAUACUCCAGUUGGGUGCUACAGUGAUUGCUGCAAUGACGGGGGAAAAGCUAAUUGAACAGAUCAACAAGCUCGUUGGCUGGCCCCUAAGGACACCUUUAUUCCUAAUUGAACAGCAGUCAAUAAGGUACGAGUUGGGCCCCGGAAGGCACUACUCCAAGAUAUUGUAAAACGCUAUAAUGCACGAUCUGUAGAGUCGCCAGGAUCUGCUAUCUGAGGUACCAUAACUGGUCUGUUUACAUGCUCAUUUUAUAAUGCGUGGAUUUUUCUGAUUGAGCGCUCAGUAC